AUGCCAUUCAUUCCAGAGGACUUCCUCCGGGGCCCAGCCACCGCCAAAGUCCACCACAUCGACUUUGAAACAACAACACCACCCAUCCCAGCCUUUAAAAACAACUUCGCAGCCGUAAUCGACAAUCUCAUGAGCCCGGAAGAAUGCAAUGAGCUUCUUCACCUCGCAGAACAAUCAACCACAGAAUCCUCAAAAUGGGAACGCGCCAUGAUCAACGCCGGCAACGGCAAACAAGUCAUGUCCGUAGAUGCGCGCAAAAGCGGCCGCAUUAUCUGGGACUCGUCCGAGGUAGCCCAGCGUCUUCUUGACAGAUUAAUGCCGUACAUGCGAGAAUUAAGCCUUGAGCAUGUUAAGAACCAACCUAUGAUCACAGGCCUGGGACCUGCGCGACGGGGGGAAGUGAUGCAUUUAUCCCGCCUGAACGAGCGGUUGCGAUUUCUACGCUAUGAUGGGGGUGAUUAUUUCCGACCUCAUUGGGAUGGAUGCUAUGUGACGCCUGACGGGAAAGAGAAGUCGUUGUUUACGAUUCAUCUUUAUUUGAACGGGGAGGGUGAACAGGACAUGGAAGAGUUGAUGCCUGAGAUUGAGCGUGCGGAAAAGAAGAAUUUUCUCUUUGCACAGGAUGGCGAGGUGGAUUUGAUGGAUCUUGAGGAUACGGUUGGUGGCCAGGAGGUAGAGGUGGACGCGAGGCAGGGACCCUUAUUGGGCGGUGCGACUUCGUUUACAGAUAGUUACACGACGAAGGAGGCUGUGCGUGUGUUUCCUAGGACUGGGUCGGUGCUUGUUUUCCAGCAAAGGAAUCUUCUUCAUGGUGGGGAUGAUGUUUUUCGUGGGGUGAAGUACACUGUACGGACUGAUGUGAUGUAUACGACCGAGAGCCCGAGUAAGAAAUAG